CUCCCUCUUUUCCAGCCAUUCUUUCUGGAAUCCGUACCACCUGCUGUAGGAACCUCAGCUAAAAAACCUUAGGUUAGGUCGAAAUAGUAUCCUCGGAUUAGCAGUCAGCCUGAUCUUGACCUCUUACAAAUUUGUUCUGUUUUAGUGCUCAUGAUCGGAGGAUAUUAGUUGCUUUUUCAAUAGCUGACUCAACAGCUAGAUUUUAGUUUCUUCGCUUAGACAUGGCGUCAGCAAACUUUUUCUCCCUCCUGGGGGGAGACGACUCAGAGGAUCCGGGAGUUUUCUUGGCUCGCGCUGAGGAAGAACAAGCCAAGAAAGCGGCAGCAGCUCCUAAGAAAGAUUCCAAGCCUGCUGCUAAGCCAGCUGCUCCCGCGAAGCCCACACCUGCCGCUCCCGCUGGCGGUCGCGGGACCGGCGCAGGAAGAGGCGGAGGACGCGGAGGAGGCGGACGCGGAGGAGGACGGGGGGGGUCGUAUUCCGCGGAGGGGGGCCAGGACGGCGGACAGCCGUACAGGAACCGGCAGCUGCGCGGAGAGGACGGCGAGGUGUCCGGCGGAGGCGGAGGCGGUGGUGGCGGCGGCGGUGGUGGUGGUGGCGGCGGUUAUGGCGGUCGCGGUCGUUCUGGCGGAGGUUACCGGGGAGGCGACGGGGAGCGGAGGGCGCCUCGUCGGGAAUACGACAGGCACAGCGGCACCGGCCGUGGCCACGAGAUGAAGCGCGACGGUGCCGGACGAGGCAACUGGGGCCGAGCUGACGAGGUGCCGCAAACGGGUGAGCAGGAGGAGGCGGGUGAGGAGGCGGAGACAAAGCAGGCCAACGGCACGGCGGAGGGGGAGGCCGCGCCUGCUGAGGGCGACGCUGCUGCGGGAGAGGCUGCUGCUGAGGCCGCCCCUGCUGAGGAGGAAGACAAGGAGAUGACCCUGGAGGAGUACGAGAAGGUGCGCGAGGAGAAGCGCAAGGCGCUGGCGGCGAGCCGCACGGCGGAGGCCCGCAAGGUGGAGGUGGACGCGGAGAUGGCGAAGAUGGCGGUGCACAAGAAGAAGGACGCGGACGAGGCGGACGACAUCUUCGUCAAGCUCGCUGCUGACAAGGCUGUGAAGAAGCGGGAGAAGACUGAAGACGAAGACAGGCCCAAGACUGUGAACAUCAAUGACUUCCUCAAGCCCACCGACGGCAGCACCUUCAACCCCCGGCGCUCAGGCGGGCGCGGUGGCGGCAGGGGUGGCCGUGGUGGCGGCCGAGGGGGGCGUGGAGGCGGACAGCAGCAGCAGCAGCCAGUAGAGAUCGCGGAUCAGACGCAGUUCCCCUCGCUGGGUGCCGCUUGAUUGCUCUCGGUUUGGGAGAACUGGUGGCGGUGACGGCAGGGGCUCUGGUGGGGGAGGAGGGUGAGGGCGCCGAGGGAAGCAGCAGCAGCAGUAGCAGCAGCAGCCGGUACCCAAUGCAUAACAGACACAAUUCCCCUCCCUGGGUGUGACUGGUCUGUGCUUCAAAAAUGUUGGUACUGAUCACGGUACCUUAGUGCAGCCAUGAUUUCUCUCUUUCCAAGCACAGUUAUCUUUUUCCUCUCUUCAAAUUGCGUCCUAUGGAUUUUUGUUUUUGCGUAGCUGUCAGUAUCCUGUUUGGUGUAGCAUAGAUAAGCUGCAAUUAGUGUUGUCACCUUUCAUGAAAGGAAUAGAUCAGGGCUCUUUGUAGAGCCACUCCCAGCUGCACCCACCCACCUCCUUAGCACCAUUGUUGCAUGCAGCCCUGCCCUGCCCUGCCCUCUCUGCCACCAUUUAGUGGUAUGCCCAUGUUUGGAUCGGAGCUGACAUGGGUAGGUAUUGCAAUUUACAAGACUCCCCUAGUUAUUUAUCAGCGUACCGGUUGACCGAUGUUGGGCUGAGAAAAGCCCUUAGGAUCUUUCCAGAGACUAAGUCCCAGUUGUAGAAUGAGACUUGAUAGUGCAGCGGAAGUUGAGUAGUUGGACCCUUGUACUAGUA